GUUUGUUUAUGUUUACCGCCUUUAAAUGCACACGCGCUUUUGAGAAGCUUCACUGAUGCAUGGCGAGUUAUUUAAAAUAUUGAGUGAGGAACAUAGCAUACAGUUUUACCAACAAUUUUCGAGAUGAGCAAGUCGGCCGAAAGAUUUUCGCAACUUCUGCAAAGAUAUGGUUACACGUGCCGUCACUCCGCGUCUUCAAACGCGAGCCGAAAAUACGGACCUUGCGGAUUUCUGCUACGGGACAACCUUCAGCGCGAAUGGCGAAAUUGGUUCCUUCAGUCGCCGGACACCAGCGUAUUUCCUUUCGAGGACAAGAGCGAGUUUCAAACUGCAAGUUUUACCAGUGGUUCCUUCGAUCCUUCAUCACGAGGUCUCUCGGAGAUGUAUUCUGCUGUCAAGGAUCUCGCCGACACCUCGGUGCCUUUCGGCGUCGUUUGCAGCAAAGUUUGCAAGUCUGAAGCACCUUCGGCUUCCGCAAGCACCGAUUCAGGAGUCCACAGUUCCAUGGCGUACCCCGAACUGUGGACCCUGCAGCAGUUUGCCUUCUUCACUCCGCCGGCCAAACUGUCCUACUGGUUUGCCUACUGGCAGCGGGAGCGCCUGAAGUGGUGGAAAAAGUUCUCCAAGUGUCCUUCCGAUUUCUCGCUGACGGAGAUCACGGAUCCGGUGAGCGCGGGCGGCGACGUGGCUUCGAAGUCCGGCGCUGAGGUCUCAGUGAUCCGAAAGCUGCCGUGGGGAGGAUCUGAAGCGGUGGAGCGUCUGCGAACGUCUUCGCUGACGGAAGACGGGAUUGCAGCCACUCCACACGCCAUCGUCUGUGACAGCAGUCUCGAAGUCGCCGCCGCAACAUACAUCUCGGACGGCCUCUCGCUUCGCGGCGAUGACUCCAACGAGAUGGUUCUGAGGCUGCACCACAAGCUGGCCCCGUACAAGACCACUGUCGCCACGACCAUCCCAGCACUGCGUCCGCUUUCGAGCCUGCUGCAGAUCCAGCUGAAGAGAGCGAGGGUAGCCGUCUACUGCAAUCCCCUGCUGGGAACCGAGGCAUCGCUGGAGGAACAGAUCUCCAGGUUUGACGAGAUGGGCAUCAUGUUCACGGUGAUCCUCGAUGAGAGCACGCAGAAGACGGGCGUCGCUUAUGUCCGCAACAGAGACACCACGGUGCGGGAGCAAAUUCACGUCACGGACGUUCGCAAGAAACUGCCCCUCUACCUGCAGACUUCGCAGUCGGAACCAGAGCACUCAUAGCACAACACAGUAUGUGACAACGUUCCGACCACAUCUGCUGCCUGAUUAAAAAAAACAAAAAACUUC